AUGUUCUCACGCAAUUUCAUUCGCCGAUGGGUCAACAGUAAUACCAGGGUAAUCUGUCAGGGUAUGACUGGUUCCGCGGGAACCUUUCACACUAAGCAAUCCAUCGCCUAUGGAACGAAGAUGGUGGGUGGGGUGAACCCCAAGAAGGCGGGGUCGAUUCACCUUGGGUUGCCAAUCUUUACGGAUGUUCGGGAAGCCAUUAAGGAGACGGGUGCAACGGCAUCUGUUAUCUAUGUCCCCUCAUCCUUCUGUGCAGCGGCCGUCGAAGAGGCGCUGGACGCGGAAGUUCCUCUGGUUGUUGUGAUCACCGAGGGCAUCCCGCAGUGGGACAUGCUGCGCAUCAAGUCGAUGCUACUCUCGCAGAACAAGACGCGCCUGAUCGGGCCCAACUGCCCGGGCAUCAUCAAGCCGGAGGAGUGCAAGAUCGGCAUCAUGCCGGGGCACAUCCACAAGAAGGGGCGCAUCGGCGUCGUCUCGCGCAGCGGUACACUGACCUACGAGGCGGUCGCGCAGACGACGGAGGUCGGGCUGGGACAGUCCCUUUGCGUUGGCAUCGGCGGCGACCCCUUCAACGGGACCAACAUGAUCGACUGCCUGCGCUUCUUCUUCAACGACCCGGAGACCGAGGGUGUGAUCCUCAUCGGCGAGAUCGGUGGGACAGCUGAGGAGGAGGCCGCCGAGUUCAUCAAAAACAGCCCGGUCAAGAAGCCGGUGGUGUCCUUCAUCGCUGGGGCCACUGCACCCCCAGGGCGGCGUAUGGGCCACGCGGGUGCGGUCGUCUCCGGCGGGAUGGGUACUGCUAAUGGGAAGAUGGAGGCCCUCAAGGCUGCCGGUGUCACCAUUUCUCACUCACCCACCCUGCUCGGCAGGCACAUUUUCGACGUUCUGAAUAAUAAGUCUUCUAAUUGA